CGGUCACGUGACCCCGGCCCGCGGGAGCGGCGGCGCGCGUUCCAGCUUCGGGAACCGGAGGGCCCCGGCGAGGCCAGCCCCCAGCCCGACGCCACCAUGCUGUCCCGCCUGCUGAAAGAACACCAGGCCAAGCAGAACGAACGCAAGGAGCUGCAGGAGAAGAGGAGACGAGAGGCUAUCACUGCGGCGACCUGCCUGACAGAAGCUUUGGUGGACCACCUCAAUGUGGGCGUGGCCCAGGCCUACAUGAACCAGAGAAAGCUGGACCACGAGGUGAAGACCCUGCAGGUCCAGGCUGCCCAAUUUGCCAAGCAG